AUGUUUAUUCUCUCUGAGCUCGAAGACACAGUGAAGAUUGUGCCCAAUGAUUUCAAAAAGGGGGAUAACAGUGCUAUCACUGAUGUGUUGAAUGAAAAGUAUGCCAACAGAGUAGUGCAAGAAGUAGGCCUCUGUAUAUGUAUUCAUGAUAUAUUGCAUACCUCUGAGGGAUUUAUUCUGUAUGGCGAUGGUUGUAGUUAUAUCAAAGUGACAUUCCGUAUGGUUGUAUUCAGACCAUUUGCUGGCGAGAUUUUGACAGGAAAGAUCAAGAGUUGUUCACCCAGUGGUGUUGUUGUUACUAUGGGAUUCUUUGACGAUAUCCUGAUCCCCGGUGGUGCUUUACAGCCUGGAUCUAAAUUUGAUCCUGCUGAACAAGUGUGGGUUUGGAGUUAUGAAGGAGAAAAGAUGUACAUGGAUAUUGAGGAGCCUAUUCGAUUCAAAGUUUUGCGCGAGCAAUUCACAGACACAACACCCACAAAUCACCCAGCUCCAGCUGCCUUACCUCGUAGACGGCAAUCAGUAGCUGAUGUGUCAGCAACAGACGAUCUUGCUGGCAACUCCACUAAAAUACCACCCUAUUCGCUUACUUGCUCAAUUCAAGAAGAUGGUUUAGGUCUUCUUUCAUGGUGGGGAAGUUAA